CCAUCGUAAUAUACAAGCUUUAGCACAAAUGUUAGGCUCCACCGUUAGAAAAAAGCCAACCAAUCAAAAUUUCUCAUAUAAAUUUAGAAUCCAGUCUUUGCAAAACAAAACCAAAAAUUUUGUGAAAAUUUAAGCCGAAAAUUCAAAAUUGCGCGGGAUGAAAGCUACUGGUAUUUGAUUUAUUAAAUUUUUGUAGAGAAAAUUAAAAAAAAAAGUAUUUUGAAAGGACUAGUGACUCAAUUAAUUUUUUGACAAUUCUACAAUUACCCAACAUAAUAAAUAGUCACUCUUCACUCAAUUGAACAUCUUUAACAAACAACUGGUCGCAUGUAAAAUUUGACAGUGCUGUCAAAUUACUGUCACUUGUCACUGACAGACUGUUUUGGAAAUAAAAGUGGGACAAAAAGGCCCGUAAAACAUAUAUUCCUCUACAAUAUUCAGAAAGUACGAACUAAAUAACACCAAUUACAAAAUGAGUACGUACGAAAUAAGUAAAUCAUCUCUCCUCAGUUUGAAAGCAGAAAUUUUACGAAAACAGCAAGAGCUUGCGAAAGCCAAAGCUGAGAAUGAGGUCAAAAUCAGACAAAUCAAGAAGAACACUCCACUGGAUUUGAAAAAUAAAGGUAUUGAGCAAAGACAAGCCCAGGAUCUCAGUGAGGAGGAAGAAAAUUUGUUGAAAAAGUCUAGAGAGGCUUUAGAAGCAAAAACUAAGCUUUAUGAUAAGUUAUCAAAGGGUGCUUCAAGACUUACAGACGACGAAAUAGAAUAUUGUCGCCGGUAUUUGGUAAAGUUUGAUAAGAAGGCACGUGUUUCUGACCAUUAUCAGGAGGAAGAAGAAGAAGACGACCCCAUUUGUGACAAUUAUGAGCCUCCGAAGAAUCCAGAUGAAGAAUGGGUGGAAUAUGUGGACUGUUUAGGGCGCACACGUACUUGUCUUCGCAAAGAUUUGGAAUAUUUAAAAUCAAAAGAUAAAGACUUGAAAUUGAUUGUUGAUAAGCGUCGCAAUCGCGAUAAGAGCAGAAGCAGAAGUCGCAGUAGAAGCAGAACUAGAUACAGGAGCAGAAGUAGAAGCAGAAGUAGGCCCAGGAACCGCACACCUUCCCCUGAAAAAGGGAACAGAUCCCCCGAACUCACUGAAGAAAAUGAGUUGCUUUCACCUGACAUGCGACGCGAGAUUUUGCGCCGUCAGUGGGAAAAAGAAGAAGAAGAAAUCAGAAACAAGUCAGAUAUCCAUUACCAAGACCUGCUCUUCAACGAGGCUCGCACGCACGGUGUUGGCUACUACGGAUUUUCUAAGGAUGAAGAAACGAGAGCCAAGCAACAGGAAGCUUUGAAGAAACUCAGAGAAGAAACUAGAGAAAAGCAGAAGAAAUCCGAGAAUUUGCGAGCAAUGAGAGAGAAACAAAUUGCAGCAAGAGUCAGGGCUGCGAUGAAUAGAAAAAGACAGAGGAUGGGGUUGCCGCCUCUGGAGGACGAGCCUGAGCCUACUCCAGCUCCAGUCGAAGAAGCUCCGCAAAAACAAGAAACGAAUGAAAAAGAGAAGAAACUUGAGGAAAAGCGCAAGAAGCAUGUCAGGCCUUGGGAUUUGGGGAAAGAAGGGGUGAAGGAACACUACGAAUACACGCAAGAAGAAUGGGUUGAUAAGAAACGGAAAGAGCGUCCGAACGAAUUUGCACCACCGAAAGAAUACAGAAAAGAGCGGAAGAAAAUGUAUGAUAGUGAUGAAGAGUCAUCGAAAUUUAAAAUGAGGCAAACCACCAAAAAAUCUAAACCUGAACCUAUCGUAAAUGAGUUGAGUGAUGAUGAAAAUGAGAGUCGGGACAGGGGCAAAGGCGCCGAAGUGGCCCCACCGCCCACUUACGAUUAUUACGGCCCUGGCAAGUCUAAAAAGUCGCAAAAACGGCCGGAAGCCCCCAACGUGAGUGACUCGAUCGAGGCCGGUUUGAAAUUCCUGCGAGAACAGAUGGAAAAGAAGCAAACUACUAGUCGCAGAUCAGAGGAUAUCUUUCUUUCAUAAAUAAAACUGUAUUGUUUA